UUUACUUCUUCCCUGAAAGAAGGUUUUCCCAAGCUUAAAAGGCCAUUCUUAUUUAGGUGGACUUCUCUGAGACUUAAGUAGGGUAAUAAUUGUAAAUAAUUACUCUCAAGACAGAGUCAUUUUCUAAGCCUUCGGGUGAGGCUUCUUUCAAACCACUGACGUGGUGGAAAGCUUCUUGUAUCAUGUUCUUAAACCUUGGGUAAUUGGAUUGCUUAACAGACUGUCUGGAAAUCUCAUAACUGGCAUUUAAUCACAUAGUAAGGCAGGGAGGUAUUGCCACAGUGCACAUGAACCAGCUUUUGACCUUUGUCACCUUCAAUAAUAAAUGUGCUCAGGCUGUACCUCUGAAUACUGUAGUUGUGCAGUCAAGACAGUAGAGUGGUAAAACAGACCUCCUACUCUACUUUGGCCCUGCAAGAGAAACAGUUUUGUCAGCUUGGGAACAAAUUUUUCUAGAAAUUUUUUAUAGUGAAUACCAACAAACAAACAAAACCCCUCCAAAUGAAACAGAAGUGCCUUUAUAUAAAUGAAAGUUACGAAUGGCUUUACUUUGUAAGAUGUGAGAGAAAAACCUUGAUGGCUGGAUAGAUUUUUGGAUAUCUAAUGAAAAGGCUCCUGGUGGAAGAUUUUCUUGUAAUGAAAGCAUUUAUAACGUCUUCUCCCUCUAUUGUGUUAUAAAAUGCAAACUUAUGCUGCAGCACUGCCCAUCAGGAGCUUGCCUUUCUUCCUGUCAGCCUAUUUUUAUAAAACUUUAUAUGACCAAAAUAAUUGAAAUCAUCAAUGAAAUAAAACACUAUGAAGGUUGGAUUACUGGCCACACCUGUAACAGGACUGCCUAGUUCUUAUUUUCUGAGUGGAAGUGUCUGCAUUGCAUUUCAACUCUUCUGGAAAUUAUGUCUGUAAGCUGCUGAGAGUACAAAUCAGUUUCUCAUUCCUGGGUUAUGAAUUCUGAAUGACAGGAUUUUAGGAUAUUUUCCUGAUGGUUAUUAUUUUGAAAACUGAUCCUGUUAAGGUAAAGCUUGAGAAUUAGCAAUUUACUUCAUGGGCAGUUUUCCAUCAUCAGCCAUUGUUGGAAACUAAUUUAUGUGACCUUUCAUUAUGCUUGAUGCUGUCUGGAGGGGUUUUCAGUGAAGCUUGGUUGGGGAUGUGGAGAUUAAAAAUUUGAUAAAGAAAAUGUGUUGGUUCUGUUGUGAAAAGUAUUUUGUGUUUAGGCUGAAGUUUUUAAUCAAAACUGAAGAGGAAUGUGUGUUCUUCAUCCUGAUAUUCUCAGCAUCCCUGUGGGCUCAGGGUUCAAGCUGCUUACCAGGGAUGCGAGGAGGAGAGUUUUAUUUUGCUUAUUUUUAUCCAGAUCCUGCAUUUCAACACGCAGAUUAACUAAACAGAAGGGUACUGUAGGUUAGAUUUAUAGAAUCAUUUAGGGUUGGAACCCCUAAGAUGUAGUCCAAGCGCCCUCCUUCCCUCCAGACCCAUUACGCCUAUAUAGCCUGUGACAGACCAACUUUCCGUGCAGCUGCAAAGCAGUGCGUACUUGGUUAUCCCUGGAACUUUGAGCCGAGGAGCGUUUCCCAGCACCGUUAUCCUCCGGCCCGCGGCGGGGCUGUGGAUGGGCGCGGGGCGGCGCUGCCGCUCGCUCGGAGAGACCGCGCGGGGCCGCGGCUGCUGGGCGGGACCGGGCGGGACCGCGGGCGGGGCCGCUCGCCGGGACUGCGGGCGGGACUGCGGGCGGGUCCGCCCCGCACCGGCUCGGCGGGCAGGUGAGUCCGGGCGUGAGCGCCGCGUUGUGCCCGCACGGUAAUAGCUUCCUUGAGAACGAGGGCAGGCACCAGGAGCAGCAGCAGUGCCUGCCCUGCUUCCCUGGUGGUGGUUCUGAGCGAGUCUCCAGCCCUCCUCCCCAGCACGCUUUUCCCGGUAGAGGGCUCAGCGUGUUCUGGGAUGUUGCCUUAUCUCUGGUACAACAAUAAUACUACCAUACAGAGGGGGAGAAGAGGAAGAUGGGAAAAGAAUUUUUCCCUCUAAUGCUGCAUUAGUUUCAGAAUGUUGGUUCUAGUUUUCUCUCCCGCUAACUUUCCCUCAUUUUCCUGCUCCCCGCUGUAGUACUGUGCUGUUUGCGUUACAGUUCGUACCUAACAGUGCAGCCUGGGUAGGUGCUUGCAUCUUGUGCUCAUGUGGAAUCUAUUUAAGACCCUUUGUGGGGCCUCAUUCCAAACUAUGUGCCCUUCAACCUAAACUCUGUAGCAGGAGUGAGUUUUUGAGAGAUUCUUGCAACACGUGGGAAAGUUUGGCAGCAUUGUAAGUUGAGCGAAAAAAGCUGGGUUAGUGUCGCUGAAUAAGGUGCAGAAGGGGCUUGUGUGUACUUUUGUCUUUUUUUUGGUGUCAUACCUUGUGCUGACAAGGAAACUGAAGUUAGCAGAGUGGAGGUACGUGAUAAAUGCUAUUUGGUGGCUAAGGCAGACGGCUCGGACUCGGGUUCUGGAGGGUGAGGGUCUGUCCUCUGCCUUGUGUGAGGACUGAUUGUCCCGCGGGGCUGCAGUGCCGCCGGCGGAGCCCUUCCCGCGGCGCCGGGCCGGCUGCGGAGCGGGCUCGGGGCGGCGCCAGCCUCCCAGGUAAGCGCUGCUCGCUUGAGCCUUGCUUGGGCUUUGUCUUGCAGGAUAGCCUAGAAAUAGCACUUCAGAAUUCCGUUAUUUUUCCUUAAGGGACUUACGAACAUUUUUCUAUGACCUAAUCUGCAGGCAGAAUGCCUAUUCUUUAAAAUAUAGCUUGUGGGCAGCAAUAGCUCUAAAACUUUUUGAGACUUCACGUAUCUUUAGGGAUUAGUCAGAGGAGUGUCUUUAAGGCAGCUGAGCAAUUUAUGUCAAUCUCCCUUAAGGGAGAUUUGGAACACGUUAUAAAAUAAAUUGAUUCCCUGCAUAAUUCUAAUGAAAGAGAGGAUCGGUUAUCCCAUCUGGGAGACUUAAUUUCUGAUUGUGACUGUAUAAAUCAACAGAAAUCACAUUAAUAUUCUUGGACCCAGCUGGCGAUCAUGUUAUUAGUGCCUUGUUGUGAAAUAGAGGUUAGGAUAAAAUGUAGUCAGAAGAUUGAAACAAACCUCUUGGAUAUAGAUCCUCACCUGUUAGAUUAGUGCCUUGUACCAGGUUUUAAUUCACAACAGUUAUUGCACUAAAUACAUUAAUUCAACAAAACAGUCUCAUAACAGCAAGGAAUUCCAAAAUAUAUGUGGAACAUGUAGAAACCUGUCUCCAACAAGGACCUACUAAUUGCCUGAAUAAUAGCACAGAUAAUGUCACUGCUUAAGUAAAAUUCUUGAAGCCUAAGGAGGGAACAGAAUCUAUUGAAAAGAAAACAGUUGAAACUCAAAGCAAACUUAAGUGUUACAAAUUCAUGCAUAUUCAGGAAAGGUUACUGCUAAAUAAUCAUUCUUAAUUAUACAGUCUCACAUUUGCCCUAUCAGAUUUAUUUUCUGAUUAGCAAAAAAGUAAAAUCAUCUGAACAAGCUAAUAAAGUCAUCCAGGAAGUUGACCUCAUUUCCAAUAUUAGAAUAAAUGCUUUACUGACAAAAGAGGUGAGUUCAUAGGAAGCUUAGGGCAAGCUUUGUUUCCCUAAAUGUUCAAAGCUUUGUUUUUCUUUUUCUAAAAGCACAAAAGAAGUGAUGUCUUAGUGGUUAAAUCAAAACUUCCAUCAUUUACCUCUAAAAGCUUUUAGCAAAUUAGUAAUGUUGGAGUCAAGCCUGCUGGCUUCUGCCUGUGGAGGGCUGGCCUGGUGGUCAGAGGAAGGUCCUUUAAAGGGCAUAGGACUACCAGGUGGAUCUGUUAAGUGCACAUGUUAGUUUGAUACAUGGGUAAAGGGGGAUUCUCAUAUCAACUUGCUAAUAGAGCUGUUGAGAUAUGGAGUGAAUAUUGUAAUAAUGUGAUAAUACUGGUAGCUAAGCAUCUGUCUGGAAGCAUAAUGAGAUUUUACCCUGUGUUCUUCUCUGCAACUGGGGGAUCUUAUGUUCUUCAGAAAUGGUUGGCUCAAUUUUGCAUCUAGUCACAUCAGGUGAAUUUUUCCAUGUCAAAUAGAUACAGGUACAUAAAUUACUUCAAAUGUCAUGUUAGAUGGGGAUAAGUCACAGCCACCACAUACAGACUAGAAGUGUAUUGUAGGUCUCCUUAAGGAUUUAACUAAGGCUAUUUUAUGACCAAGGGAUCUUUGAGGAAAUGUGUGUGCAUACACAGCCAUUGCCUACCAGAUACCCACAGGUCAGACCUGGAGUUUAGGUAACAGUCACAUUUAAAAAAAAAAAAAAUCAGUGCUAAUUUUUAUUGCCUUAUCUAUGAAGACAAAAGGAUAGCAAAGGAUGGCACAAUUCAAAAUUAAUAAGAAACAGCAACUUUUGAAGUGUCUGCAGUAAGUGGAAUGGAAGAUGUUCCAACUCUUUCUCUGAAUUCCAGCAUUAGAGUUCUGCACUUCUGCUUGUUUUUCCUACUGUGCAAGCCUCUGGUAGAGCUCUGCUGAUAACCUUGGCCAGCUAAUUCUGUUCUGAGAUUGUAAUGCAUUAUAUUGCAUUCUGUAUGACAGGAAAGGGAACUUCCCCUUUAACGAUUCGAUUCACAUUGCCAUGUAAGAAUUUCUGGGGGUGGAGACACUGCUUGAGCAGGCUGCAUAAAAGCUGCAGGAUUUCCAGCUGCCUCAGACUGCAAGCAGCAUGAACUGCAGCCUGCCACACCGAGUGCUGCUCAGCUCUCCGAUGGAGGGGCAGCAGGACAGGUUGUGCCUGCAGCCUCUUUGGGAGUUCGUCACCGCAAAGGAGCCAUUGAUCAAGUCACCGUUUUUUCCAGUGCUGUUUUCUUUCACAGCAUACAUGGCUUUCUGUCUUCCAUAUGUUGCACUGGACUUUUUGAGCAUUAGACUACCAGACUUGAGAAAAUACAAAAUCCAGCCACAGAACUAUCCAAGUCUUGGAAUGAUGGUGCCUUGCAUUAUUCAAAGUGUAUAUCACCAUGUUGUUUUGAUCUUCCCGGUGACAUUUCUGCACUGGUACUGGAGACCCAUGAAUCUACCAGUGAUAGCUCCAGAGCUGCCUGAAGUCCUGCUGCAAGUAGCAGUUUGUCUGCUGCUGUUUGAUUUUGAGUACUUCCUGUGGCAUUUGCUUCAUCACAAGGUGCCUUGGCUCUACAAGACCUUCCACAAGGUGCAUCACAAGCACGUGUCGACGUUCGCCCUUACUACGCAGUAUUCCAGCGUGUGGGAGUUGCUCUCACUGGGAUUUUUUGCUGCUAUAAACCCACUGCUCCUGGGAUGCCAUCCUUUGACAGAAAUGAUUUUCUUCCUUGUAAACAUUGGUUUGUCAGUGGAGGACCAUUCUGGGUAUGACCUCCCAUGGUCAACUCACCGACUUGUGCCUUUUGGAUUGUAUGGAGGAGCACCACAUCACGAUCUCCACCAUCUGAAAUUCAAGUCAAACUAUGCUCCUUACUUCACACACUGGGACAAACUCUUCGGGACAUUCACGGAGUCACAUUCUAAUUAAGAUUAUUUACCUGUGGAUGAACUCUUCUUUUUUAUAGACUAAACUAGGAUAUUAUUUUUUUAAAGAGAUACAGAAGAUUGUAUAUUUGAAGCUGCCUAUGAAAGUAAUAGCUAUUUAUAACAAAUCCUCUUAAUAUAUUUGUGUGUUUGUGUGUGUGUACUUGGAACUGCCUGUGUUAAGUGACUACAAAUGGAAAAGUGAAUAUCUGUUGCUUAAAUUUGAGUCUAAGGUUUAAGGGAAGCAUUAAGAGACAUUCUCUCUCCUUUCCUUCUUUCCAGCUUUCAUAAAGCAUGUAUCAUGUUACUGUAUGAUGUUUUAUACAUACGCCAGAACAUUAUCUUACUGUUGUAGGAUGAUUUAUGAUGUAAACAGAAAAGGUAUACAUCAUGGAUUUUGUGGAGUUUAAUCUGCCAGAAAAAAUUGUUAUAUAAUGAUUUUGCAAAAUAUUGGUGCCAAGUCAGGGUGGUUGGCUAACUGUUAAAUGAUUUUGAUAUUUAUAUUUUUUACCGUGAUGUACUGUCUCUUUUUAAUAGAGAAUAAAUAUGUUCAUUCUUUUAAAAUCA